UGGUUUUGUUUGUUGACCGUUCAUUGUUGAUUCAGAAUUCGUCCGAAAAUGAUACCGCUCGCGUCGGUGUUUUUGUCCGUCGCGAUUUCGGCAGCGCUGGGUGCCAUCUCACCACCGCCGUUACCCCUACCCAAUAGCAAAGUGGUCUUUUGCAAUUAUGAGACCAAAUCCCAUUUAAGAGAAGAAACCAUGCAAUGUCAGGGAAAAUUCGAACUGUCCUUUUUAGAACCGGCCUUACAGUAUUGUACUCAUCUUGUAUACGGUUAUGCAGCUAUAAACGAUGAAAGCUUAAAACUUGUACCUCUGAACGAGCAAUUCGACGUUAUCAAAGAUAACUACAGACACGUAACCAGUUUGAAGAGCAGACAUCCACAACUCAAAGUCCUUCUUUCCGUUGGAGGUAACGACGACAUUAGUGGAGAAGGCCAAGAGAAGAAUUUAAAAUACAGAGAAGUAGUUGAAUCUUCAGCCCAUCGUUUGGCCUUUAUAAACUCUGCUCACACAUUAGUUAAAAGUUUCGGAUUUGACGGUAUCGACCUUGCUUGGGAGUUCCCAGAAACCAAACCGAAAAAAAUCAAAAGCGGAUUUGGAAAAUUCUGGUCGGCCGUCAAAAAAACUUUCACUGGUGAAACCGUAAUCGACGAAGAUGCCGAAAAACACAGGGAACAAUUUACGUCUCUUGUUAAAGAACUAAAAAACACUUUUAAAGCCGAUAAUUUACUGGUUACCUUAACCGUAUUACCAAACAUAAACAGCACAGUUUACUAUGAUCCUAGGGCCUUAGCCCCCCAUGUCGAUUUUGUCAGUCUACACGCCUUUGACUUCUACACACCACAACGGAAUCCUAAACUCGCUGAUUUUCCAGCGCCAUUGUAUGACCUCAUUGACAGAAGACCUGAUGAAAAUGUCGAUGCUUGGGUCAAAUACUGGUUGAGCAACGGUUUUCCAGCAAACAAAUUGAUCCUGGGCAUCCCCACCUACGGACGUACCUGGAAACUGGACGACGACGCCAAAGUCGAUAACGUACCACCGGAAGGUUUAGACGGGGCCGGUGAUCCGGGCCCGUUAACCAAAGACGCCGGAAUUUUGAGUUAUCCAGAAAUAUGCGUCAGAGUACAGGGAGCCGGAAACGUUUCUCCUCAAGGAUAUAGGAAAAUUGUUGAUGUUACUAAAAGAAGAGGAUCGUACGCUUACAAAUUACCAGACGAAGAAAAGGACGAAGAUGGAAUAUGGAUUGGAUACGAAGAUCCUGAAUCGGCAGCUAGUAAAGCAGCUUACGUUAAAAAUAAAGGACUGGGAGGAAUUGCAAUUGACGACUUGACCUUGGAUGAUUUCAGAGGAACGUGCAGCAGGGACAGAUUUGAUAAAUAUGCCAUCCUUAAGGCUGCAGUCGCUGGAUUAUAAUUUUUGAAACAAACCCCCUAGUGUUACAAAACGUUAUUAUAAUUAAAUAAAACAACUUAUAUAAACAAUC